CAUCAACAUGGGCCUGUGCCUCCUCUUCCAAAUCGAGCCGUACCGCAUGCUUGAUCUCUGCCCCAGCAAGAUGGUUCCUGAUCUGACCGUAUUUCUCGAAUCCAUCCGUCUUCGCAAAAUCAUGGUGCUGUUCCACGCUCCUCCAGCCCGUUAUAAGGACGUAUUCGCUCUUAACUUCUCCUUCCAGUGAUGGGUCAAACCCCUUGUCUAUUCUCCAGCCUCCCACUACUCGGUCAGAUCCUCCAAUGAAUGCUUCAAGGUGGUGUUUAUUCGUUUCGAACGUGGCUUUGAAGCUCUCUUUCUCGCCAUCUGUAAUAAAAUGCCGCACGACCGCAAUCACAUUCGUGUGCCACGGAGGAGGAGAAUGAGUUUGAUCGAUAUCCAGGUGAAACAUCCAUUCAACAGUGACCUGAUCCUUGAGCAGUUCAAGUAAUUCUUGGUUGUCUUGACUUGGAAUGAAGUUGGUCAUAUGAAACUCGACAGAUGGCCAAGCGCCAAAAAUGAAGAUCACGUCCGGAUCCUCCACAGCGCGAAAAUAGCGAAAGUCGAAGCCGCUGGCCGUCUCCAUGACACGUUUGGCUUGUCGUAGUUUUGCAUUCAACUCUGCUGUCGGCCAUUCCGUACCUGGGCGAAGUCGGAGAAGUGCAAGUUCGGUGACAGGCAUUUUGUUCAAAGUGCAAUUCUUGCAGCCGGCCUUAGUGAUCACCGGAGCCAAGUCACCAAACUACCUAUCAACUAUUCAGAAAGGGCCGUUCAUCUUGUCCAGUUGAGAAGUCCAAUCUUCUGAGUCUCCCUCUGAAUGCAGACUACCAAUGAGAUGCACUAGAUGCUUGAGUCAAGACAAGAGUCAGCGACUCCCUUCGGCCAUCGCAACCUCAAAGCCGUUGAUCGCAGUCUUUGCUCUCGCUCUACUCGAGGCAACUCUGUCAUGAGCCCCUCUGUGAUGGAUUGAACAGUCAUGGGAACUGGUGGACUCAAAAUAUCGUUUCAAUGUCUCGCGAGCCAUUUCGCUGUUGGGGGCCGAAUGUCGAUCGAGCUGACGGGAGAAGUCUGACUGAGAGCACACAUUUCUCUUCCAGAAGGAAUGUUCUUGACUUUGAUUGAGGGCAAUUGAACCACUGAAGCUAUGAUGCAUCAACUAAUGCUUCAUUGGUACCAAUUGUGAUGGGGUGGUGGUUGAACCUACUCUGUCGACGAUCCAUGCUCAGCUACGAGUGACGUGGAAUUUGAUCGCGGCAUACUGCUGGCGAGAUUCUCAUGGAAUUUUCAAAUCCGAGGCACAAGAAGGAAUGUUCAGCUGUACUUGUUGUAAUGAUUCUUCUAUUCAUUCUUGGCCAAACCACAGACGACUAUCGGCCUGCCCAAAAGUACCAGGUCGGGCCAACGUUCAUAUAUCGAAGGUUGGGAACUCAUGACACAUUGCUACCGUGAGAACUUGUGUUCAUCCUCUAUAUUCCACCCUAUGAACAUCAACAUAUGUGCAGGACUCAGGGCAGGACUCAGGACAGGAUUAACUUAGCAGUAAGGGAUGUGAUGAUGAUGAGACCUGGGCAAGCAUUCUUCUUCGACUACAGCCGAAGCGCUUUAAGGAUUGGAAUCUGCCAGGACAACUGGAGUAUUUCUGCAAACCAACCAAAUCCAAACAGGGCUCCGCGCGGUUUUGCCUUACAGGCAAACGAUCUAGCAUGGUGUCCAUGACCUCCUUGGCCGAAUCAGACUCGUACAACCAGGGUUAUGAUGUGAGGCUAAUGCAAGGUCGUAGCCAUACGCUAGGACUCAAGAGAACUCCGGAGGACUCAAGCCGGGAUGAUAUCAACCCGAAGCAAGGCAACUUUCAUGCGGAGAUGUUGACAACUUAUAUAUUAUCAGCCUCAUCGCCCGGCCUUUUCCUCUCUCUCUCGCCAUCUACUGUCAUAGACGUUGGUGCUAACUCAGUCCACCUGGGGUCCUUCCCACGGGCAGUACAUCCAACCUACCUUUUUCCAAAACGCAGCGCCCGCUUCUCAGCGGAAUGGGCCUUUGCGUUCCAAGGCUACAUCGGUCAACAAGGGAGUCGUCUUCUUGACUUUGACCCUUGGCAAAAUCAGAUCGAUUUCGGGCUCGAAGCCCCUGAUCAACUUUUUUGCGGCAAUGGAUUAGUUCAAUCAUAUCUGCGGCCCGGUACUGUCUCGACUCUCAACUACCGAGUCACUUCAGAUACUUCAACUCGGCUCCAAGCCUCCGCAGUCACGGUUGCCAACUCAUCCUCCGAAACUCUUCUCCUUCGAUAACUCUUCCCUGAACUCAACGAGUAUGUCGAUCAAUUUACCCCCGUCCCGGCUCAUUUAUAUCUCAAGGCCGAUGGUGAACCGUCCGUGUCACCCAAUCGUUUCGAUUCACACGAUCAAAGCACAAGCAUAUCAAGGCCAUAUCCUAAAUCCCCAGAGCACUUCUCUACUGGAAUUCCAGCUACACAGCUACCAUCACCCUAUAGUAUGACUUCUCGCUCUCUACUCGCCGACGGUUCAUGUCGGCCAUUGUCCUCCCCGUCCAGCGAUACCACAACUCCCCAACAUUCGAGCGCUUCGAGUGAUUGUGGAAGGUCACAAAAUUCCUCUACAAACAUGUGGCCCCGCGGAGAUGGACAUCACAUACGAGCAUCACGAUACAGGUGUGAUUGGCCUAGCUGUCAGUAUACAUCACAGCUUCCCAAAGCCGUGAGAAAGCACAGACUUACGCACCAAAAACCAAAAGACGAAGACUGCUACAGAUGCCUACAUCAUGGUUGUGGAAAGCUCUUCGUACGCAAAGACAAUCGCAACAGACACAGCCGUCGAUGCAAGUGGCCAAGUUUCUCAUGUGUUAUCCACAGUCACACCUGAUUCGCCCCUGGGGAGCAACUCUGAAUGAAACGCAGUCAUUAGGUGGUUGAGCAGAAGCUUUCACACCAAGUGAAGUCAUUGGCGAUUACAUGUGGUCAGCUGGCAGGACUCGUGUGCUCGCCAGAACGAGACAUCAGACGAUGUGGCCAUCUUUUAUAUCUGACCCUUGCGACUAACUCUUCUUUAUCCGAAAGUUGAGAUACGUUACCUAAUCUUCGGUUUCUCGCCACUUCUGCAUCCCACAGUGUGGUCGUUCUCAAGGGACUUGGUGGGUCAUGGUUGCUGUGGCCUCCGACUUCGACAUCGUGGCGGUUCCCUGGAUGUAUUAAAUCUACCUUCGUUUUGCGGAGGUCUAUAUCUAGAGUACUGCCGCGAAUUCGAGCUCGGAGGCCACUGCAAACCUGACACAGAGCGUUCGCUUGUGACGCUGUUAUGGAAAGAAGUAUAAGGCAGAUACCUAAGUGAGUAGGCCCUGUCGACCCAGGUGGUGGGGAGCCGCUGGAGAGACGAUGCAUGUGUUUAUGUUUAUGUGUAUGAAUUGGCCUCGUUGACUUUGUUUUUAAAAUCAUUCGGAUUUCAAGGACACCCAGGGAUGAACACGUCGAGAUUUCAUGAUACAUCGAUCAACGUGGAAAGGAGUUUUGGGAUCCAGGUUCAUGUGCUGGUGUAGAUUAAUUCUAUUUACUGUUAAAUAUGUAGAUUUGGGUGUUAUACUGCGUGACCUUGA